AUGCUGUGUGCAGCGAUCCAAGUCGCCUUUGCGGGCACGCGCCGCUCCUCGCUGUGGCAUCACCUGCGCUACUCCAUCGUGGAGUGUCGGCGCUACGGGCUGGCAGCCUUCCUCCUGCCGCCGCUCCGCGCAUUGGGACUCGAGCACGGCACCGUCCACGGCCGCGACCGGCUCGUCGGCGGGCUUCGCUACCCGGUGAGCACGGCGGUCGCUGCUCUGCACGAACUCCCCAGGGGCUACUACUCUCGCCGGGCCGACAGGCUCGCCUGGAACGCGAAGACGGACGCAUGGGCGUUUCUCGAUCAGCUGAUCUGCGCACCGGUGGAAAAGGAAGGGACGGAGGAAUGCCACGCAUCGCGCCUUUUCACGGAUAUCGUCGUGGAGUCUGGUCGUGUGGUCUGUGAGCGCCUUCUUUCAGAAGCGUAUGACAGUGUUCUUUCUCAUGAUGGUAGGAAUACGGUUACCAGCUCCUCAGUGCGGGGUGGGGGGGAAGUGAACUCGCUCACCACCGUUGGUAUCGACGUUCUUUCAUGUCUUUUCUUUGGAAUAUUACGUUUUUGCGCGCAAGUGGGGCUGGAUGAGGAUUAUGCCAGCGUGCGUCAGGGGUGGUUGCAUCGCAUGCUAUGCCGGUUACGUGAAGUGCUCGCUGAGGCGCGGCCUUCGCGUGAAAUAAGCCCACAGGAAGCAGAGUUGUUGGAAGAUUUGUGGGGUCGCUUUACAACAACACGUGGCACGAUGAAGAAAGAUAAGGACAAGAGCGGCGAGGAUAAUAGCGGACGGGCAUGGGAGAAGUGGUUGUGGUCUAUUGAGCUUGAGGACGUCGAUGAGCAGCCGCUGAGUGACGCCAAGGCGUUGCUUCGUAGUUGCCACGCAACCUUCGCGGAUGGCCCCAGCCAAGGAAUGACCCUCCUCCGACUGCGCGCGACCUUUGACGGGCAUGGCGAGCUUCUGAAGACGGCUCGGGCGGAGGCACUGCGGCGGAUGCGAUCGGCCCUCCAAAAUGAUGUUAUCGCCCUGCGCAAGGAAGCCCCCGGUGAUGAACUGAUGCAACGCAACCCCCCCAUCCUCAUCGACGCGGAUGAUUCAAAGAAGGAGCCCUCCAACGAUGGCGAUGAAACAGCCAAAAUGGCGGUCGAUGGCGGUGGUGGUGGUGGUAGUGAAGAACAGGCGAACCCAACAGGGGAGAAUAAGACCGAGAAAGCGGCUGCAAAGAAUUCGGCAGACGGUUUGGCGAACGCGCCGCUGUCGGACGCGGCCUCGCGUGGGUAUUUUGAAAGGAUGAUCACUGCUAUUUUGCGUCGGGCGAUGCUAUCGCCAGUGGAUGGCGCGGUGGCUGGGGCCGCACUUCGGCUGUUUCUCGUCGUGGCGCGGGAUUUCUUCGCCCCCCUCGCGCUCGCGGCGUUGCUUCGUCGUUUGAUGCGUCAACUCACCGCCGUCUUCAUGCGGCCUUCGCGGAGCCUCUUGGAAUGCCGCUCCCUCGCAGUGCUCCUCCACGACGUGGCGGAGGGGGUGGUGCUGCCGUACCGGCGAAGCUACGCGGCGGAAAGCGGCGGCGAAUUCGCUGGCAUCCUCCCAACCUCCGAGAAGGAGGCGAACAGCCUCAUGAGUCAUACGCUGAGCGAUCUUCACGCGAUGAUUCGUUAUUGCCUUGGGAAAGGGACGUUUCUCGGGGAUUGGGCGGGCUUUUUUGUGGUGCAGCAUGUGCGAUGGCUAAUCCGCCCUGUUGCGAAGUACGACGAGGCGUUCAAUCGCUGCAUUUUAGCCCGGCGUGAGGCCCUCGGCCGCGCGCAAAUCCUCUCCCUCGGCUUUCAGGCCCUCAUGAAGGUGGAGCAGCCGCUCUUGGAGGGGAUGAGUGAGCCUGCGGCGCGGGUGGCGGAUCUUUUCACGCGCCGCCCCGCCCCGACCACGACGACGUCAAUUCCCCCUUCCGGACCUGUAGGGAGGGGAGGAGGAGGGGGAGGGCGGCAGGAUCGAAAAGCUGCGGUUGCAACCCCUGCACACGGGAAACGCGGCGGGGAGUCGAGAGGCGGCGAUCCGCACCUGUCAACGGCGAUUCCAACAGAGGGUGGUGGCGGCGAUGCGGCGCGAGGCCAACGUCGUUGGCGGGAGGGAACGGAGUAUCGAAAACGAGAACGGGAGCGGGAGCGGGAACGAGAGCGCCCCAUCAACUCCAGUCGCGGCGAAGACGUGCGGGAGCAGGGCCGCAGAGAACCCUCCCGCGAGCGAUCUCGGCGCCACCGCGCCGGGCGGCAUUCCCGACGGCAUUAG